GCGGGGCCGCGGGGCCGCGGUCGUUAGGCAGGGCCUGCGCCGCGGGCGGGGAGGCCGCGUGCGGCCGGGGUCUCGCCGGGCGCCGCCGCUCGUCCUAGUGCGCGGUUCCAGAGGCGGGUAGGCUGAGGCACGCCUCCCCGCCGCUGUUCCCUCCCCCGGCUCCCCUUCCCGCGUACCGGCCCUCCCCUCUCCCGCCGCCGGCCCCUUCCCUCCCGCCCGGGGCUGGGGGCUCAGCCGGGGGCUUGGCAGCCGUUACGGAGCGCGCUGUGGUGCGGCCGUUGGCGCGCGCGGCAGCGGCGGUGCCGCGCGCGGGCGGCAUCAGGCGCCCGGGGAUCGGCCGGUGGCGGGGCCGGGGGGCGGCUGGCAGCCUGCCCUGCCUUGCCGAGGGACCGGGGAGUGCGGGGAUGCGCGGGCGGCCUCGCCGCGCUCCGGGAAACGGGAGGAGUUGGGCCUCGCCCCUCGCGUGGCUACUCAGGCUAACGCCGGGGGCUCCGGUACGGGCAAGCGGAACAGGCGGCCUAGGGAGGCCAGCGUGUCUGUCGUCUUCGGGGCUCGGUGCAGCGUGGCGGCAUGAAGCGAUGCUGCGUGAAGCCGUAAUCCCUUGAUUAGUUCCCCCCCCGCCUCGAAUGGUGACUUCUGAGGAAGAAGCAGCUGGUGUGUUGGGCCACUUCUAACUGAGGACUGAAAAUGCCAGCAGUUGAAAGUGAGGCAAAGGCAAAAACCAAAGUCCGCUUUGAGGAAAUCUUCAGACGUCAUGCUGACCUAACAGACACAAAGAAAUCAAAAAAAAAGAAGUUUCACUCUCAGGAGAAUAUUGUGCUUGACACCUUUAGAAGUAAUAUUGAUCUAGCUAAGGAGAGUGUGAAUGAUGAAGCAAUUAUAAACAACACAUAUAAUCCUGAAGAAGAGAGUCCCCGAUUUUCAAAAAAUAAACUGAGAGAGGCGGCCUCAAUUGCAGAGAAAAUAAACAAUGAUAUUGUUAGCGGAGACGAGAGCAAGCAACCAAAGUCUAACAAGAAGAAAAAGAAAUCACUGUUACAAGAACAAUUUAAUGAGGAGGAAAAUUUAUAUGAAGCUAAAUUGGAGAAUUUUGAGAAAAAGACUAAUGAUUUUCCAAAGAAGAAAACAAAAAGUAAAUCACAAACAGAUGUACCUCAUCAAGAAGGUGAUAGAAAGAUUAAAAAUUCCUUGACUGAACCAAGAAAUCUGACUGAAUUAGAAGAGGAAGAAGAGCUAAUUCGAGCCUAUCAGCUGCAUGUGGCUCAGGAUGAGGCAAAUGCAAUUAAAAAGAAAAUAAGAAUGAAACUUAAAGAACAGAUGCCUGAAUUUACCUCCACUUUUCAAAGCCAUGAAGUUGUAUUGAACAGUGAAGUGGGCAAAAAGAAGAAAAAGAAGAAAGAAAAAGCAGUUUUAAGUGAAGCUGAAACAAGUGCAAUGUCCCUUUCUGAGCUACAGCAUCAUCCAGCAGAGGAUGGCAAUGAAAAUCAGGUAUUGGAAAGGCUAUUGACAUCAGAAGGACAGAAGCUGGAGGAAAGCAUGGAAAAACAGAAACCUAAAGCAAAGAAGGUUAAAAAGAAAAUCGGAAAAGAAGAAAACACAGAAGUUGCUACAGAAAAUGACAAGGACAUGAAGAAUUCCGAAAUUUCAACUCAGUCUAAAUUUGGUUUUGAUGAUAAACUUGUGUUGGGAGUUUAUAUCCAUCGGUCCGAUCGACUUAAAACUGAUCUUCUGGUAUCUCAUCCUAUGGUUAAAAUCCAUGUUGUUGAUCAGAGAAGUGGCUUAUACGUCAGGAAAGAUCAUAGCGAGAGGAAAGUUUCAUCUUAUUAUGAACAAGAACAAAUAGAGCAUGUUCUUCCUAUUAUGACACAACCAUAUGACUUCAGACAGUCUAAAUCAACAGUUCCAGAGUGGGAGGAGCAAGUCAUAUUUAAUGAGCGUUUUAGUUAUUUUAUUCAAAACACUGAAGGAAGCCCUCGGGUAAUCCUGUUUUUCGAGAUCCUUGAUUUUCUACGUAUGGAUGAAGUGAGAGCCAACUCUGAUGUACAAAUUCAGGAAUGUGGUUUCCGAAAAAUUUGUUGGGCAUUUCUAAAGCUUGUAGGUGCAAAUGGAGUUCGAAACAUUGAUGGAAAACUCCGUCUGCAAUUAUAUUACCCACCUCCAAGGACCAGGUCACAUUCGAAUGUUGUUGAGGUUUAUGACUGGUGGGAGAAAUGUCCUAGAAAUCGUUACCCAUCAACUUUAUAUGUAACUGUAAGAGGCAUAAAAUUACCAGAUCAUGUUGCUCCUUCUUUCCGCUCUAUGAUAGCUGUUCAGCAGGAGCAAAGUAGUACAACACUCUGUGAGCUCCAGAGGGAGGGAUCUAAAAAAUCAUGUGAACCUCUUCCAGAGGAGAAAAAGGAGCCAUGUAAAUGGACAAGAUUGCCUGGACAGGUUUGCCGCAUACCGAACAAGCAUCUGUUUUCCCUGCGAGGUGGAGAUAUGGGCUGUUUCUGUAUUCGUUUCUCUCAUGAUGGGAAAACGCUGGCAGCAGCAUGUGCAGGAAGGAAUGGCUAUCCCAUUGUUUUAUAUGAAAUUCCUUCUGGAGAGUUCCUGAGAGAAUUUUAUGGUCAUCUUAACAUAGUGUAUGAUCUUUGUUGGUCAAAAGACAAUCAAUACCUUCUUACUGCAUCCUCUGAUGGCACUGUCAGAAUGUGGAAAAUAGAAAUGCAGGCAGCAUCUGCAGUGCGAGUUUUCCCUCAUCCUUCAUUUGUUUACACUGCAAAGUACCACCCAAUUGCUGACUCCUUGGUCGUGACAGGAUGUUACGACUCAGUGAUUAGAAUCUGGAAUGCAAAUGUGAAAGAAAUCAAUGGGCAACUGCUACAGGAGCUUGAUGGUCACAAAAGUUUCAUCAACACACUUUGUUUUGAUGCAGAAGGGCUCCACAUGUUCUCAGGAGAUAGUUCAGGACUGAUAAUAGUUUGGGAUACAUCUGUCAAAGGAAGUUCUCAACACCUGUUUCAACACUGGAGCAUUAAUAAGGAAAUAAAAGAAAAUGAUAUUAAAGGAACACCAAUAAAUCAUUUGGAGGUGCAUCCAAAUGGAAGGCGUUUAUUAAUCCAUGCCAAAGACAGUACCCUGAGAAUCAUGGAUCUCAGAAUCUUGGCUACAAAGAAAUACAUAGGUGCCACAAAUUACAGAGAAAAGAUUCACAGCACCUUAACACCAUGUGGAACGUUCCUAUUUUCUGGAAGUGAAGAUGGAAAGGCUUAUGUUUGGAACCCAGAAACAGGAGAUCAGGUGGCCAUAUAUUCUGAACUCUCCUUCACGUAUCCACUUCGUGAUGUUGCCUUUCAUCCACAUGAACACAUGGUGUCUUUUUGUGCCUUUGGUCAAAACCAGCCAAUACUUGUAUACAUUUAUGAUUAUAAAGUUGCACAGCAGGAAGCUGAACUCGUAAAAGAUCUCAGUUCAUCACUUACUACAGCUGCACUGAGAGGGCCACAGUUCUUUGGCAGUUUUUCUGAAAUUCCCAUACAAAACAGUUCAGUGAUGUCUCCAGCAGAUCAGUUUGUCAGUGUUGCAAGAGCAUCGAUGAGAAUGCAGAAGGUGAAACAAAAACUUGAUUCUGUUAUGGCGAGCUCAAAUCUCUUGCUUCCUGCGCCAUCAUCACUGUCACCACACUCCAUGCUAAGACUGCCAGGCACUCUAAGCACUCCAGUGAAUCCUCUGUAUUCUUUCACUACUAAAAGUGGGUGUUUCAGCCCAGUAGGAAAUCCUCUUAGCCGAACACUAUUGGGUAGACUACAGACGAAUGAUGACCACCUGGCUGCACUGGGGGGGAGAGGAGGAAGCAGUUGUCCACUCGAGCAAGAGACAGUAGUGGCUCUUUAUGACUACACAGCGCAUCGAUCAGAUGAGCUAACCAUCCAUCGCAGUGACAUUAUCCAAGUGUUAUACAAAGAUAAUGAUAACUGGUGGUUUGGCAGCCUAGCAAAUGGACAGCAAGGCUAUUUUCCAGCUAAUUAUGUGGCUGGUGAAAAAGAAUAUGAAGAACAACCUCCAGAAUUAGUACCAGAUUCUGCUCCUCUCCUACCUGAAGGAAUAACAGAAGCAGAGGUAGGCUCACCGACACUACAUAAGAUCUUUAGAGAUACUGCUGUGUGCAAAGCAGGCCGAAUGACUCUCACUUCUCUAGACAAACACAGAUUAGAAACUUUGCAUAGCUUAUGUUCCCCUUCUGUGAAAUACUCCUGUAAAGGCAGAGUGGAACAAAUACAGGAAAAAUUACAACAUUACUGGAAAGCAUGAAGAUUUCUUUUAUCUGUUGUCUACAUUGCUGGAGGCAAGAAAGGUAUCCAGAAGGAUGUUGCUAUACUCACCCAGUUUCACUCAUACCCAAAUUAGAACAGGGAGAAGUGCUCUGAUACUUAGUGUCAUUAAAGACUUGAUCAUUUUUAGCGACAUCUUUUUUUCUGUUUUAAUCUAGUAGAAAUCUAGUUGGUUUACUGGAUCAAAAAAAUGUUAUGUGCUCUAAGUAGCAUUUCUAAUGUUUAUAAUCAGUAUUUAUUAUUCAACUCUGUGAGAAGUAACAUUUGAUUGGUUUUGAUAGCUUAUAUUUUCUUAAGUGUCUACAGUUGACAUAUUAUUUUAACAAUAGUUUUUGUUACUUUUUUGUAACACUCAGUUAUAGUGACAUUUCAUCAAAAUAUUCUUUAGUUUGAUUCUAGUGGCACAUUGAAUUAAAUUGACUGUAUAUUUAAUAAUUAGUUGGAAUUGUGUAGUAAAGUCUAUCUAGUACAUACAGGUAUUCAAAAGAUAUAAUGAAUAAAGUGUAUAGAAACAGUCCAAACCCAAGCAAAUAUGCUGCUUUUUAUCUUGCACAGCAUCCAACGGCACUACAGAAUCAUAAAGGGUCCAGAGAAAAGUAAUGAAACAUUUACAAGUCCCGGAAAAAAUUAUGUGAGAGGAUAUACUUAGAAGAUUAAACUAGCAGAGGAUGAGCAGUGAAGAGAAUGUAUAAAAUGAUACAUAGUGUAGAGAGGUGAAUUGGAUGCGCUCUUUUUUCUUUUCUUUUUUUUUUUUUCCCCCCUUCCUGCUGUUAAACAAGAUCAGGAAACAUUAAGCUGGAAUGGAGCACAUCUAAUAUUGGUAGAAGAAAAUUUUUGCUUAUGCCAUGCUUAGCUAACCUGGUGAACCUAACUACCACAAGACACUAUUAAACUUAUGCGCUCAGGGAUUAUUUUUUUUAAUAACGCAUUUUAGGCUGAGGUAAUGGCUGAGAUUCCAAAAGCAUCUAAAUGACUGGGAAACACAAAUCUGGCUGAUUAUUUUUUUAAAUUAUUAUUUCAAGUUACAUAAGCACCAUAUUAAUCACCAAGAAGAUAAUGAGUUGAAUCGAAUGAUGAAUCAAAUCUCUCUGUAAGACUUGUGAUGCCUUGAAGUAUAAUGGUUUUACAAAAGCUGCAGAGUGCUGCAUAGAAGAAACAAGUUGUCAUUCAACUGUUUGUCAUAAUGAAGGAGAGUUCUACAGCACUUCGGCUUUAGGCAAUACCAGAUACUUCUGAGACAAAACUGCUAAGACGACCACUGAGGGGGCUGAUCGGUUAUGGCAGUUCCUGUGUUGCAGCAGUGACACAGCAACUUUUCUUCCUAUUACUUUCAUUUUUUUUUCAGUAUUAGAGCUGUUGGUGAAUUGGAAAUGCCAGUUUCUUUUACAUGGGAAAUACGAAAAAUCAUUAUUUUGUAAUACCCUAUGAUAUUUUUUUUUUGCUUUGGCAGAAAAUUAAGCUGCUUUUUUUUUUUUAGUCCAAAAAUAUUUAUCAAAUAAUUAAGUUGUUGCUUAUGUUGUUACCACAAGCAGGAAAAUAUAACUGAAUUUUUUAGUUAUGUUUGGUUUUUUGGUGACAAGUGUGUUUUCCCCAAUACUUAGUUAUAUCCAUGUUAGCUAUAUCUAUUGUUCUUUCUGGUUUUUUUGAGGAAUACUUAAAUAUUUAGCUCUGUUAAGACUGCAAAAACACAGGUACUGUGAAAAUCAUCAUAGCAGUUACUUCUGAGAUUUUGCUACCAUACAAGAUUAAAUAGGGCACUUAAAAUGUAGAAGAAUGCUAUGGUUUUAAUUACUGAGAAUAUCAGAUAGUCUAAUGAGAAAUAGUUUUCCAACUGCAGAUAUUAUAAAUGCAUAUCUAGCUAAUCUUAAGAACUUUAUGAUGAGUGAAUAAAAGGGAAUCAUUAACAUUAAAAGAGGGUGUAAUACUCAAGAUUCAAUAUUAAUCUUUGCAAAUAAUAAAAAAAGUUGUAGCUCAAAGAACCUGCUUUCAAAAUACUUUCUACCAUCAGCUUUGCAUUCAUAACAUAAUAAUUUUAUGCAAACCUUGUUUUCCUGCCUUAUGAGUUACUUAACUCCUGAGCCACAAAAUUAGGUCAUAAUCAUCUUUAAUUACAACAUACAUCUAAACUGCCAAUAGAAAUUUCAUGGAGUGCAGGUCUCACUGCACCGAUGAAGAAUCCCAAGAAAUAGAGACAGACUUGUCAUCUGGCUUCUCCAGUAAAUGUGCUAUUUUCAGGUUCCUUAAGAUGAAGGCAGAAAAGACAGGAAUUCAGAUAGAGUUCUAAUUGAAACCAGAAUUUGGGUUUUGCAAAAUUUUGGCAAAUCAGAGACAUUUCAAAGUCAAUAGAGUGCCUUUUUUUGGGGGAGGCAGAAAUGUUCUGCUGUCUACAAAACCUUGUGGAUAUUUUUUAUAAUUUAAGAUGACCUACCACUCACUAUAUAAAAUGCAUUUAAUUGGAUUUUGAAUGUUUAGUACUCAAUUCAAGGCUGAGAAUAGUGGGAAGUAGUAAUGGACAAAAACAAAACAGAAAUUUAAAAUUUCAUUACAAUUGUAAGAAAAUAUUCUAGUGUAUUUAUCUUUGAAAAAUGAUGUUAAAGUGUAAAAUAAUGGUCAUAAGCAUGAAAAGAAAAGGGUUACCUUCAAGAACCACAUUAUUAUUGCACAUUUGGAUAAUAUACCCAGAGAUCAUCAAAACUUGAUUCCAUGUAUAUUUAAACAAAGUUUGGGAUUAUCACUGUUCACAUAAAUAAUUCAUAUUCUCACUCUUCUUUCCCCAGAGUAGGCUGUUGUCAGACUUUGUGGAUACUUAGCCUAGUGUGUCUGAAACUAACCUGCAAGGCAAUUGAUGCCUUUCCCCUAGGCUUGAGCUCUUUCGAUGUGGGUGUUUUUGUGGGCUUAAAAUUUAUUUAUUAGAUCUAAAAAUUUAUAAAGCAUAGAAAACUUGCUCAAAAAUAUUUCAAAAAAUACUAGCUAGAUAUUUCUAGUAGUUUCAUCAAAAACUUUUGGUUUUUAGUUCAUGCUGUUUCUGUUUUCUACUUCAAUAAUGCUUUUCUUCAGGUUACUGGGGAACACUUCAGUGACUGAUUAUCUUUUAUGAGGAGGAGGGACUAGGAAGAUGUGAUAAUGCUCAUAAGGGAAACAUGAAAGAAUGAAUACGAUGGAACCCUUGCAGUGAAUAGAGCAGAAGACUUUCAACACCUG